UUUUGCUUCAGUCGAGCGAAAUUGCCUUAUAUUUAUAAGAAACACCUGCAAUACUAUCACGAUCAUUUAUUAUAACGAAUCGGGCGCCGCCAAUGAGCUUGUGAUUUCAGAGAGUCGCUGUAUUGUAGUGGAGGACGCGGCCGAAAAGUUCCUUUCGGUUAUGUGUGAUAAAGAAAAAGGCGUCUUUGCAGUGGUGGCCAGCGAGAAUUCCUUAUAUUUCUGGAACGUAAAGGAAAAUUUUCUUUUUACUUCGAUCCAACUUUCUUUGCCAUGUGCCCCGCUGCACAUUUUUCUGCAUCCGCGUGAAGAGUAUCUUUUUUUAGUGGUCCAGAAUAGUCAAUCAAGGUUUACUCUCCUCUGCCUUGGCAGACUCGAAUACGCCGAAUUAAAAAGUUUUCAUGCUCCCUUCCACGUGGCCGAUAGCACUGUGGCUGAAAAUCUAUUGGUCGCCUCCGGUCCGGCGGGAGAGCUUCUCUUCUGGGAUAUGCUCACGGGAGCUCCGCUGGGAACUAUCACCGAUCGCCACGCGGACGGAGUCUUAUCGAUAGCGAUUGGACAGGACCUCAUGUGCACUUUUACCGAACGCGGCAGGCUUCACGUGUAUCGGAUUUUUUAAAAGCACUGAUAAUAAGACAUCAUUUAUGCGCGUUCACUAUUUUCGUUGCAUAUAGUUUCAUAUAUAAGUCAGAAGUGCAUUGGUCGUUUUACAUUUUGCUUUUAUAUAUUUUUAGUAUCAAAAUCAUAAUAAAAGUUCACACA